AUCUCUUAUAUAUCUUCUUAUCAAUAGUACUCUCUCUCUCACUCCCUAUACUUAAAUAUAUAUAUUGAUGAUUAUCUUUUUUUUGGAAAAAUAUUUAUUUUCAGGAUGAAGAAGAGUUCCGGUGAAACGACGUCGUCUAAUAAGCUUGACCGUAAGACAAUAGAAAAGAACAGAAGAAUUCACAUGAAAGGUCUUUGCUUUAAGCUUGCUUCCCUCGUCCCUUCCCAUCACCCUAAGGAAAUGUUGACUCAACAAGAUCAGUUAGAUCUUGCAGCAUCGUAUAUAACCCAAUUGAGAGAAAGAAUAGAUAAGUUAAAGAAGCGAAAGGAAGAAGCAAUAAUGAUGCCCCCACCAACGUCGUCAAUAGCAUCAAAAGUAGGGAUUAAUAGUGGUGGUUGUAGUAGCAGUAGUGGUGGUGAUAAUAAUAAUAAUAAUAAUAUGAUGAUUAAUAGAAACUACGUCGUUUUAGACGAUGCGAUGAGACCAAGGACGACCAAGAUGACGAUGUUGCCUGUAAUUGAGUUAAAGGACAUGGGUUGUAGCAUAGAAGUGGUUUUGAUAAGUGGAUUACAUAAGAAUUUCAUGUUGUAUGAAAUUAUAAGUGUUCUUGAGCAAGAAGGAGCUGAAGUUGUCAGUGCUAGUCUUUCUGUUGUUGAUGACAAAAUUUUCCACACACUUCAUGCCCAGGUGAAGCUUUCUAGGGUUGGAGUUGAGACCUCAAGGGUAUGGCAGAGACUUCAGGACUUGAUAUACUGAUCAUCGAUAUGGAAAAUAAUAAUAAUAAUAAUAAUAAUAAUAAUAUAUAUGGUUGAGAAAUUUGUCAAAGAAAAAACUACAUAUAUAUGGUAGAGAAAAUUUUGAAGAUAAUUUUUCUCUGGGCAACUGAAACAUGUAUCUGCUAAGAGCUCGUACGUGGAUUAGGACUAAGUAGUACUAAUAGUAUUUAUAUAAUAUAGAUAAUAUAUAUCAUAUUAUAAAUAUACAGUAUAUAUAGAUUACUGAUUAAUGAGUAGUGUUGGGGUUUUUAGUUUUCAUAGUUUCAUAUAAAUGAUUCUAUGAACCUCACACAUCAAUUUUAAGGCUGAGAAUACUGCGUCAAAUUAUAUUAAGUAGAGAGAUGUAGUUUCUUAGUCAUGAUGUAAUUAAACAAUUAUUCACUAUAAUUAGUUAAUAAUUUUCAGUUUCAUCACAUAAAAUGCAAUUGAGUAAUUUAAGCUGGA